UUUGAUCCUCGCAGCUCUUUUACAAUACUACAACAUCUUGCUAUAUGGGGAAAUUUGAUUGGCUUUUAUAUCAUCAACUGGAUCUUCAGCGCCAUCCCAUCAUCAGGGAUGUAUACAAUUAUGUUUCACUUGUGUAGACAACAGUCUUAUUGGAUAACUUUGUUUCUCAUAGUUGCAGCAGGGAUGGGUCCGAUUCUUGCUAUAAAGUUCUUCUGGUACACGUACAGACCAAGUAAAAUCAAUACGCUUCAGCAGGCUGAACGUUUGGGUGGACCUAUUCUGUCACUGGGCAACAUUGAGCCCCAAGCAAGAACAAUAGAGAAAGAUGUUACUCCUUUGUCCAUAACUCAACCCAAGAACAGAAAUCCAAUUUAUGAACCCCUAUUUUCAGAUUCACCGAAUGCUACUCGAAGAUCUUUCGGAGCCGUUCCACCUUUUGAUUUUUUUCAGUCACAGUCCCGAUUGUCCUCUUCCAACUACUCAAGAAAUUGCAAGGACAACUGAGCUACAAAAUAAUAGAUAUUAGGUGCAAAAAUUGAACCUUACCACCAUUUUGCUUCUAGUGUAGAUUAGCAUUGUAUUUGUAUGUAACAACAACACAUAGGAUUAGUGGAGUUCUUAUUAAAGGAACUCUACAUAAUUAAAUAAUUUCUUUUCUUGGUCUGGAAAAAAUAAAUUAUUCAUAAUUUUAUGCA